AUGUCUAGUCAACCUCAAGCUAGAAAUCAAGGAGCUCCAAGUUUUGCAGAAUCGAUAAUUGGUGUAUUCAGCAAUGGAGUUUGUUGUAAACGGGGGAAGAAUAAAGUGAAUCCGGUCACCAAAGAAGAAGAAGCAAAAAGUGAGAAGAAAUCCUCCAACUCUCCUGGGAUACAACGAUCACCAACACCUGGACCAGAAGGAAGACCAAAGGAUGCAGAACCAGGUUCUCCUAAACAGAAACCUUUGGAAGUGGAUUCCAAAAAUUUGAAACCAGAUGAGUCUUCUGUAACUGCGAUGGCGGGAUCAGUUGAAGAGAAUCUUCCGGAACAAGUCAAUAGCAAAGUGGAUAUUGAAAUAGUGGAACCGAAAGAAGAAGAUCCACCUGAACCCAAGAAUCAAGAAAAAGAAGAAACAAAAACUCAACUUUCUAGCACCUCACCUUUACGACCCCUCCGUCCUGAUGGUGCUGGAGUCAGGUCUUCUGAAAUCAGAUCCAAUACGAUAUCAAGAAAUCCAUUCCCAGAAUACGAAGGAUCUUCUCACUUUGAGCAUUUCUCCAAUGAAAGUGUUUGCUCAAUUCGAGAAUUGGAAGAAGACGAGUUGGAUAUUGAUGACUGGGGUGAAGGAUUCGAAUCGGAUAGGACGCCAAGAGCAGAAUCCAAACUAACAAUGCAAUCGAAUACAGAGACGAUAAGGAAAAGAGGAUUGUUCCAGAACAAGAAGUCUCAAGCAAUCGAAACUCCGCCUUCGAGUGAUAGGAAAUGUCCGGGGAAUGAUGAUUUUCUUGAACUGCCUGAUAUUCCAAACUUGCCUACAGGAGACAUCAAUCGUAUCCGGGUUCUCAGCUUUGCUUUAUGA